AUGGACCGGUCUGAAAUUUCUCAUCCUAUUGGCACUACCUUGGAGGGUUGCUCAAAUUACAUUCUUUGGUCUCAAGCUAUGUCUAGUUUUCUUAAAGGUAAGAAGCUAUGGCGCAUUAUUACCGGUGAUCUCUUUGAGCCAGUGCAAGUCGAAACAGAAACAAAAGAAAAAUAUGGUGAUCGUCUUGAAGAAUGGGAUAGCAAAAAUCAUCAAAUUAUUACUUGGUUUCGCAACACCUGUAUUUCAUCCAUUAGUAUUGAAUUUGGCCGGUUUAAUUAUGCAAAAUCCAUCUGGGAUUUCUUAAAGCACCGUUACACCACUACUGAUCUCGCCCAUCAAUAUCAACUUCUAACCAAUCUUCACAGCAAAACUCAACAGCCUGGUCAAUCUAUCAGUACCUUUGUCUCUGAAAUACAUGCUAUUUGGGAUCAACUAUCUCUUUCUGAACCUACUUGGUCGUGUGCUACUGAUGCUACAAAGUUUACUACCUAUCGAGAUCGCCAACGUGUCAUCUGCCAACGUGUCAUCAUGUUUCUUAUGGCUCUUCAACCCUCAUUUGAACCCGUUCGAGCCUCUCUCCUUCAUCGGCAUCCUCUGCCUACAUUAGAAGAUGCUAUAACUGAGCUUCUUUCAAAAGAAACUCGUCUAAAUACAUCUCAACCUCAGGUUACCGAUGCAGCUCUUGCUACUCAUUAUCCCAGAAAGAAACCAGCUUCAUCCUUCUCCUCUCCCAAGGAGUGUACCUAUUGUCACAACACAGACCACGCUUUAUUAACCUGUCCCACCAGAAUCUGCAAGUUUUGUCACAAGAAAGGCCCGGGUCACUACCAGAGUGAUUGUCCCAAGAAUUGGCAAUCUCGCACCAAUUCUUCCAGAGGUACUUCAUCUAGCUACAGACACCCAUCUUCAUCCUUCACUGUUGUCACUGCUGAGGGGUCCUGUCCUCCAGCUCCUACAGUCACAACGAUGUCUACCAAUGAUAUCGAGGCUCUUCUUAAGCAGAUUCUCUCUAAUAAUGGUACUCCUCAUUCCACUGCUAUGUCAGUUACCUCGGGUAAUUCUUGGUUUUUUGAUUCUGGCUGCUGUAAUCAUAUGACCUCUGAUUCUACAAUGUUUUCUAAACAUAAUCCUACUAUCAAUACACCUACAAUUCAUACAGCUGAUGGAUCUCACUUACAUGAUCCACAAACAGGGCAGACCUUUGGGAUAGGCCGUAAAGUGGGACGUCUCUUUGAGCUCAUCCAUCUACGCAUUCCUUCUCAUCGGCUCUCUACAGUUUCCACCGUUGCUUCAGCAACCUCUACUCCCUCACUUAGCCUUUGGCAUUCCCGAUUAAGUCAUGUGUCUAUUGGGCGUUUACGCUCCUUAGUGUCAACUGGUCAAUUAGGUUCAGUUAAAAUUGAUGAUCUAUAUCUCAUGAAAAAUCGCUCUGAAUUACCCCAACUUUACUAUGAUUUUGCAAACAUGGUCAAAACCCAGUUUUCCCGAUCCAUCAAGAUCUUCCGCGCUGAUAAUGCUAUGGAAUACAAUAAAACAAAUUUUCUAAAAUUUCUUCGCCAACAUGGCACGAUCUCUCACUCUUCUUGUCCUGGCACAUCCCAACAAAAUGGGCGGGCUGAACGUAAACAUCGACAUAUCUUAGACACUGUUCGUUCUCUUCUCAUAUCCAGUUCCUGUCCUGAGCGUUUUUGGGGGGAAGCAGCUCUCACUACUGUAUACACCAUUAACCGUGUUCCAAUGCAUAUUAUUGGCAAUCAAUCUCCCUAUGAACGCUUAUAUAGGAUCCUUCCGGCUUAUAACCUACUUAAAGUUUUUGGAUGCGCCUGUUUUGUCUUGCUUCAACCUCAUGAACGCACCAAAUUAGAGCCUCGGGCUCGUUUAUGUUGUUUUUUGGGUUAUAGAAUUAAACACAAAGGAUACAGAUGUUGGGAUCCCAUUUCCAAACGUCUUCGUAUCUCUCGUCAUGUCAUCUUUUGGGAACACAAAAUUUUCUCUUCUCUCUCCAAAUUCCAUCUAUCUUCAUCUUCUACUCCUUCCUUUUUUACCGAUUCUUCAGUUGAACUUUUCCCAGUCGACACAGAUAUCAUAUCCUCAUCUGAGAUCCCAACCACUACUCCUGAUACAACGUCUCCAUCUGAGCUCCCACAAAUGGCUUUACUUGAUGAAUAUGCUUCAUCUGAUGUUCAUGCUACUGAAUCUCUAUCUGAGCUCCCACAAAUGGCCUUACCUAACGAAUCUGUUUCAUCUGAUGGUCCUGCUACUGAAUCUUCUUCAUCAGAUAUCAUCACUACUGCUAAACCUCCUCAUCGGGUAAGAAAACCUCCAAGUCAUUUACGUGAUUUCCAGUGUUUUUCUAUUAUCAUGUCUCAUCAUGAGCCUCAAUCCUACCGCGAGGCUAGUUCUAACCCCCUUUGGCAGCAAGCUAUGGCAGAAGAAUUACAGGCUCUCGCACAAGCUUAA